CUACGCCACACUGGCAUUCUGUGUGUACUGGCUGAAACCCCAGUACACACAGAGAUGCGGACUGAGUUAGGAGUGCUCCGUAUGAUAGUUGUUGAGGAAAUGCCUGUUAGCAUGACACACACAGAGGAGAGCCUGAGGAACUCUGGGCAGCAGUGCUGCUUCCUUUGGUUGCCAACUGAACAGGCAAAACCCAUUUGGCCUGCUCCUAUACCGCCAGUGGCUACAUGAUGGCAGGAAUCAGCAGAUGAAACUUUUCUCUGAAUGAACAGAAGUGCGAUUACCUGCUCAUGCCUGCUCAACAACCUGCUGUUAAAGGAAUCAGUUGACAAUCCUAAGAAGGGGAAAUUCAUUAAAGGCAAGGUAGCUAACAAUAGACUUCUUAUCUGUAAAAUCCAUGAAACCCAUUUCAAAGUGUGGUGAAAACCUGUGCAAAAUGUAGCAUUUCCUCUGGUCUCUUCUAGAAAAGCCACAUGAAGCAUCAUUGUCCCCUGCCUGCCAGCCAGAACAAUAUCACUUACAAUAUCCCUUUCUAACCCACAGUUUCAAAGCUAUUCAGAGACAGCCUAAUCUCAGGAGACUUUAAUGGAACUACCGAAGCUUCUGCUAAUUACUGCUACCUAGACUUUAACAAAUAGGAUUAAGCCAAGCAAGUUUUAUGCUAAAUGAAUCCAGGUUGUUCUAUAAAGAAACCCCUUUCCAGUUUUGCUUUAUAUUUAAUUUGGUGCAGUGACAUAACAUUGGGGUACUAAAAUUUAAAACUAAAAGUAAAAUCCAUAGGAAUGUUAAAAACAAAGAGAACACCAUAAACCUUUAAUCCAUUAUUUUAUGGGAUGUUCCCACAGGCAGCCUUUCAUAUAUGAAUCUCCUUACAUAAAUAUACUUGUUGUGUAAUGCGGUGCUGUGGAGCAUGUGGUCCUUUAGCUUUUGGACCCCAAUUCCCAUCAUCACUCACUAGUGACUGGGGCUGAUGGAAGUUGGUAUUCAGCCACAUCUGGAAGCCCACAGUAUCUUCUGCCCUGUUUUAAGGCUUACAGUAGGACUGAACUUCCUCAUUAAUAGUAAUCUGAAAGUUUUGUGCUGCAGCCUCCCUUGUUCAAGAUUGACCAUUUUAAUUCAGUAGGUUGCAAUGUCCCUGUGCUAAUUUUUGAAUAUUGCAAUUCAUUACUAACGGGGUCACUGCUCCAGAAAUCGGCCCAAGAGUAUUCAAACCUUCCAGACUGCUGUAAGGGGUACACGGUGGCAUGCUGAUGAAGUAACAUUCUGCCUUGCGGCCACAGAAAUAGUGGCAGAUAUUUUAUCCUUUUACAAAGAUGUUGUUGAAAUUGUUUCCCCUACCUUGGCACCUUCAACCCUCUUCUGAAUACACAGUCCAGAAACAAUGUGCCUAUCAUUGCGGAUGACACUGGAUUAAAAGCAAGACUCAUAAUCCUAUUAUGAGGAGCUCCAUAAAUCUGGCAGCCCCUUUGAAGCCUCAAGCUGUGGCAAGCUUGAGGUACCCACACAGGACAGAGCGGUUCAAAGCAGGACACCUUUAGGAUUUGAUUAACCCACAGGAAUCCAUUUUUUUGAGGGGGACGCGGUGGCAUCCCCUCACAACCAUGAGUCUCGAACCUCCCAAAGCUGAGAUCAAAUCCGCCACCAGAGUGACUGGAGGGCCUGUCUCUCCCAGGAAAGGACCCCCCAAAUUCAAGCAGAGGCAAACCAGGCAGUUCAAGAGCAAACCACCGAAGAAGGGUAUCCAAGGAUUUGGUGAUGACAUCCCUGGUAUGGAAGGCUUGGGAACAGAUAUCACUGUAAUCUGCCCCUGGGAAGCCUUCAGCCACCUGGAGCUUCAUGAGCUGGCACAAUACGGUAUCAUUUAAGCAUACAAAGGCCAGAAAUGGGUCUGCACGCAUACACCUUCCCUUCAGCAGCAGGACAGCUUCUGUGACCUUCCCUUUAUCAUUGUUUCGAGCUCUGCACAUCAACUCUCCCAGCUAUCACCAGCUCUUGGCUCCCAGCCAUUUAUAAACCCAAAUGAAUAAACAUUAGGUUUGACUUCAUGCUAUAGCACUUACGAUUAACUUUCCCCCUUGUAGUAAAACUUUGCAAAAACACAUCUAUAAGCCUGAGAAAUUAUAUCUUUACAUGGGCAGUAGUUUCUGCAUUUUACUGUGACCUUCUCACUCUUUAUCUGUGUCCUGGAUGAUGAAAAGUUUAAAGCAGUAGAUGAUCUCAAACAAUGAAAGCUAUUGUAAGAUUCCUUAUUAAGAUAAAAUGUAUAAGUGGGAGGGUGGGAAAGAAAAGGGAGAGAGACUGUAGUUGCAACAGGAAACAUUUAAGAUUCAGGGGAUGAUAGGAUUGGAAUGCUGAAGUGGAAAGCAGUAACAUUAAACAUUAAGAGGGAAUAGUUUCCAUCGCUUCAAGGAGUUUUUGAAGUAGGUUGGCGAGAUCUUCACAAAUGUGGCAGAGUUAAGUGUGUCUUUCUAGGACACAUAUGGACUAGAUGAUAUCUUGAGAUUUUAUCUGGCUCUCUUUUUUCAAAUUCAGCUACUUUCCAGCAGAGUGAUAGUAUAACCCUAGAGAUGUUUACUCAGAAAUACAUCCCACUGGGACUUAUUUCUAGGUACAUGAAUCUAAAUUUUUCUCCUUCGCACAAAUGUUAUGUCAACAUAAACUGAGGUUUAGUGACUAAUCCCAGCUAACAUGCAGUACUCUUCUGAUGUGUUCAACAUUCCCAUCCUUCAGUGCCAAAGGAAGCCCAAGAAGAGAAUCAGUGCUUCUCUGUGCACCCCUUCCUUGCCUUCUCACACUGUUUUCUGUGUAAUUUACUUCAAAACUACAGUCAGCUCUAACAAAUGCACCUUUCAGUGGCAUGUCACUACCAGUAAAUGGAUACUACUGUGCACCAAGAGUUAAUGAUCAGAGUGGCUAGAAUAUGAAACUGAAAUGGCUCAGGGAGCAGAGUCCGGUGCGACAAUGUAUAAUUAAUGAAAAGCAAAAGGCUCUCAUUAAAUCAACGAGAACAUUCCCAUACCCUAAUUCAUCACUUAUAGCCAAAGUGCUGGCAGGUAACUUUUCAUACACAAAGAGUUUGUCCCCCAAGAGUCAAGGAAUGGCACUCCACUAAAGUAAACUACAAGUUGUUGCAUGAAUUGAAUAAAAUGCAAUGAGGAAAGAAAGUAUGCCAAGAGAUAACAAGUAAGCUUGUGUGUGUAAUAUGGAUACAGCUCUUCAGUGCCUCCAUACCAGUACAACAGUCUGUCUCAACAUGCUAUGGUAAAAUAAAAAAAUAAUAAUAAUACGAAAUAAAAAGUAUCUGUCAAAAGGCAUCCUCCAAAGCCCACUAGAAUAUAGAUGUUUUCACUGCCCACUGAAAGGCAAGCAGGGAUACAGAUAGGCAGUUUUUCUUUGAGAGGGUGUCUCAUAAGCUUUGCUCCAACAGCAGAGAAAUGUAAGUUGGAGAAAAAUUUCCAUCAACAGACCAGUUUACAUGAUCAAAAAGCCCACUGUGCCUUACUUAAGCCAUGUGGGUUGUGAUCCUGACAGGCCAUGCUGCAACACCUCCCUCUUUUUUCUAAUCCUGCUUAAAAGCACGGGAGAGGUGGCACUGAUGGAACAGGAUACAGUUGGAGUGGAGCUGGG